AUGUCGUACUAUUUUUGUAUUGUGGGCACGCGAGACAAUUUGCUGUAUGAGGCAGACUUGUCUCCGCCAUCGACAACGAGCGCCGGAGGGGCUCAGGAAGCGGAGAGCCAGCGAACGAGCUCCGUGUUCGGGUUUACGAGCGCCCUUGGUCAGUGGACGGGUGGCUUUCCCCUAUUACCCACAGCCGAUCCUACAGACGAGGUCAAGAGAGAAGAGAGCAAGUUCACAUCCACCAGCACUGCUACCAAUGAGCGCCAUCUUUUACAGAUGAUCGCGCAUGGAUCACUCGAUUCAUUAGAAGACCGCCAGUUUCUCGAAUCAAAUAUCUAUUUCAAAAACUUGGACAGGAUCUACGAUUGGAACGUGUCUGUAUUUCUCGUGCCCUGCAACAUCAAAUUCAUACUCUUGCAUCAACACAAACACGAAGAAGGCAUCCGCCUGUUUCUCAUGGAUGUAUGGGAAUUAUGGGUAAAGAUUUUCAUGAAUCCCUUCCAGGAUCUCGAUGCGUCGAUCCAGUCGACGUCCUUCGACACUCGGAUACGUGCGAGUGCGAAGCGACACUUGUAG